GGUCCUCCCCCCCUUUCGCGUCUCUAUCUCCCACCACCCGCGCUAUCGCUUCCAUCUGCGCUCUCCCGACUCUUGGCUCUCACAGCCCCGCCGCAUCCAUUAAAAAUGACUCGGAUCACCCGGAGACUUUGCGCCUGUGCCACAUAGACAGGAAGUGGCUUAUCCCUUUGUCUACACGCGGGCACGGUGUUCUUCCAAGGAAUUUUGCUCCCAAAUGACUAUGCAUCUCACCACGCUGCUCUUGAGUGUGGCUCUAACAGGCGUCGCCAGAGGAUGCAGCUCGGGAUGCAACACUGAGAAUGGAUUUUGUGAGAAGACAGGGAAGUGCAGGUGCAAACCGGGCUGGCAAGGAGACGACUGCGAGCGCUGCAUCCCGUUCCCGGGUUGCUUGCACGGCUCCUGCGAGAAAGCGUGGCAGUGUAUCUGUCAGGAGGGCUGGGUGGGCAGCCUGUGUGACCAAGGUGAGCCGCACACGGCCGCCAGAGGUGAGGCCCAAUACUCGCCUGUGCUCAUCCAGGCCUUGUUCUGGGAAUGCCACAUGCAUAGAGACUGGAGAGGGGGGUUACCUGUGCAUCUGUCCCUAUGGAUACAUUGGUCCAACAUGUCACCUGAAGAAGAACCUCUGUCACUCUAAAGGCUCUCCUUGUCAGAACGGCGGCACGUGCAAGGACACGGACGACACCUCGGAUGUCCGCACUUCCUGUUUAUGUCCCCCGGGAUUUUCCGGCGACUUCUGCGAAGAACUUGCUGACAGCUGCCGACCCAACCCGUGUCUGAACGGCGCCAACUGCACAAACAGCGGCGGGGCUUUCACCUGUUCCUGCCCGCCAGGCUUCGCCGGUUUAACUUGUAACCACACGGCGGGCCCCUCACCGUGCGGCGGCAUGCCCUGCGCCAACGGGGCCACGUGCGUCGACCGACCCAACGGAACCUUCCGGUGCGUUUGUCCCAGAUGGUUUUCAGGUCCGCUGUGCUCCCUGCAGCACAGACCCAAACCCAAGCCCAAGCCGGCCGGCGCCAAGCCCGUGGACCACAGGGUGUUUGCCCUAACCCCGCAGCAUUACUCACUCCCUGCGCACGCCUUCCACAAGCUGCUCCAACCGCCUGAGAGGGACCUGCUCAAGAUCACUCUGAAAGAGACGGUCCACCAUUCGGCGGGGGCCCUGUCCACGCACGGCCAGCUGGUCUGCUUCGGCAUGCUGGCCCUGCUCACCUGCCUGGUCGUCCUGCUCACCACGGGCAUCGUGCUGUUCGGCCGCUGCGAGGCGUGGAUGGCGAACGCCAAGUACAGCAAGCUGGUACGGCGGCAGCGCGAGCACCUGCUGAGGGAGGCGGGCGGCGCCUGUCAGGAGGAGACGGAGCAUUCGGUGAACAUUAUCCUGCCGGAGAAAAUCAGACUGAACAGCUUUGGGAAGCAUUACACCUCCAUCUGACGUCUUGAAGGAGACGCCAGUGAAUGUAUCGUGUAAAGUAGCAGGAAAAGUAGAUUGUGUACUUUUUCAAGUUAUACCAAACGGCAAUGUGGUAUUUCGUCAUGUGACUAUAAUAACUCUGCUGCAAAAUAGUCAUUUAGUUAUUAUAUGCAAACUUUGUGCGUUUUCUUCAUGUCGUGUUGAGGCAAAACUUGCAAAAGGACAAAGGUACGCCUGAUAAUGGCGUCCAGUAAAAGAUGUGUAUUUACUGUACAACCAUAACUAAACAUUGUUGGCCUUUUCCAGCUCUAUCUGCUGGAUCUUGUCCGUCACAGCACCACUUACAGUCGCCAUCUAAAACUUUACAUACACUUGUAAAGAACUAGGGAUGUCCGAUAAUGACUUUUUGCCGAUAUUCCGAUAUUGUCCAACUCUUUAAUUACCGAUACCGAUAUCAACCGAUACCGAUAUAUACAGUCGUGGAAUUAACACAUUAUUAUGCCUAAUUUGGACAACCAGGUAUGGUGAAGAUAAGGUCCUUUUU